UGCUGUCCUCACAUCAAAAUGACUGUUUCUCUGCAUUUUCUUCUUAUUCUUACUCUGAUAACAGAGUCUAAAAGUGUAAACACAGUCAGAACUGAAAGUGCUGGUACAAUCAGUAAGGUAUCAAUGAAGGCUGGAGCUUCAGUCUCCAUCCCCUGUCCUUAUAGCUCCCAACACAGAAAUAAUGUGAAAUAUUUAUGUGAAGGAUAUUAUUGGAAUUCCUGCUCAUAUGCUAUUAAAACAAACUCACAACAUGAAUCAGAGAAGUAUUCAAUUUCUGAUGAUCAAAUUCAAAGAAUCUUCAAUGUGACUAUAAAACGGCUGACAGUUAUAAACACUUAUUACUGGUGUGCUGUGGAGAUCAAGAGUGGACCAGAUGACCGACAGUACUUUCAUCUGUCAGUCACCAAAGGUACACCCAGUCUAUUUGUGGAUGAUCAGAAGGUGACAGGAUUUAUUGGAGAAAGCAUGACCAUAAACUGUCACUCCAGAACUUCCGGAAUAAUAAAGUGGUGUAAACUGCACAGCACAUGUGUGGCCGAUGUGUCUGGAUUAAUAGAUGGAACAACAGUAACCAUCAACAUGAAAGAAACUAAUGUAUUCAGUGUGACUAUGAGUGGACUGAGGCCAGAGAGCAGUGGUUGGUAUUAUUGUACCAAAGGAGACUUUCAGAUGCCAGUUCACCUAACUGUGACUACCAAACCCACUGCUGCCCCAACUACUGUUACAGGAGCGAGAGAAAAUGCAACAGAAGGGCAAAACCAGAACACUGCACAAGAUAAAUCUUUCCCUGUCCCAAUAAGCCUCAUCAUCCUUCUGGGUUCGCUGAUCUUCAUUGUUAUUGUUGCUUUAUCAUUCCUGUUUAUACUGAGGACAAAACGUCCCAAAAUCCAGGAUUCAACAGCCUCAAAAUUGAAUGAAGGGGAACUAGUAUAUUCAGAAGUCACUUUCAAGAAAACCAACGCAGCCCAGGAUGAAAGUGGUGCAGAUGUGACCUACAACUCUGUUACUCCUGUGAAGCAAGAAGGUGUGAGAAGGACUGAAGCAAAAGAUGAGGAUGUUACUUACAACACGGUCAUUCAUCACAAACAAAAUGUUUAAAUCUAUGCAGUUUUUCUCUCUUUUUCUCUAAGUGAUGCUGGAUAUUGUCUGUCUGUGCAAGUGUGGAACAAUGACUCAUUGUGAUCAUUUUGAAAAGGCAUUUGGCUGUGUUUAUUUUACAUUUAACUGAUUUGUGAAUAACAAUCCUCUUUUUCAGCAAAGUUAUCUUUUUCACAUUUUGUAUGUUUUCUUUUUCUUUUUUUGUUGCUCUUAAAUAUGAUCUUAUUGAGGACAGAAUGUGUGUACGAGCAACAACUCAAAAAAAUAAAAAUAUUAGGAUAUUGUAAAAAGUUUAAUUCAUUUUUACUGAGUAAGUUAAAAUAUUUUUGUAAAUAUUAUUGUUAUUAUGUCUAGUCAUUUCGUAGCAAUAUCUGGAUAAGUUAUUGCUGAAUUAUGAUCUAUGUAAAAAUGUUUCUUUUGACUGGUAGUAUCAUAAACGUUAGGUGCGGUCCAGCCAGAGUCCCAACUUGAAACUGACAGAUAAUCUGUGGAGGUAGAUGAAGAUUAGGGACUUGGAGCUCAUCUCUAAAGAUAAAUGCUCAAAAUAUUACAGAAGAUAGAUGGUCAAAACUACCAGCAGAAACAUGCAAAAAGCUUUUUCACAAGUAUAAGGGACUGAUUGCUGUAUUGCUAAAAAAGUAUUUUCCAGUGAUAAUUUAGAACAGUAUACAUUUUAUAACAUGCCAUUUCUCAAAGACAAAAAACAUUUUUUUUUUUUGCUUUCUGUAGAUACUCAUUUUACUCCGUUUGUUCUAUUAUAUUUUGAGAGAUGUUUGUCUUCUUUCCUAUUCAUAAUAAACAUUUUGGCUGAAUAGAUCUAAA